GAGCCCGGACGGAGUGCAAGCCAGGGACUUUCAGACCUUGCCUGUGGCCUUCCAGUCCCUGCUCUCGGUCGCUGUCAAGGUAUACAGCGCGAACAGCUUUGAGGAGAUCUCUACGGCCUCGGAGCCACUUCUGGCGUGGUUUGUGCUGGGCUUCGCCGGCUUUUGGCACGUUUUCCUCAUGAACUUGAUGGUUGCGCAGCUCUGCCAACGCUUCGGCGCCACCUUCAAAGAUGCCCUGGGCUACGCACGCCUGAAGAGGGGGAGCAACAUCUUCGACACUGCCAUGUCACUCAUCUCGGACAACCGAUGGCGCAAAUUCAUCCGAAGCCUCAACCUGGACGAGCCCUGUCCCAUGGAUGCAGCAGACCCGGGGCCCAAGGGCGGUCUUCCCACGAUGGAAGUGUUUGAUGGCUCCAGUGGCCUUCCUGUGCAGCGAUUCGGAGGCCUCGCCUCCCCAAACGAGCCAUGGCCCGACCAGAAAGAUAGCGAGGACACAGACUUUGGCCGUUUCGAGAAGAUGGCUGGCAAACGCUUUGAUGACUUGGAGCGACUGGUGGACGACAUAGCGGAGAAGCUUGGAGGCCGCCGGGCGGGGCUAAGGACCUCCGUGCGCUCCUCGCCACGGAGCUCCGUGGCAACCUUGGAGGACUUCAUGACCCAGAAGCGGUCCUCAUUACGCCAGGCAGUUGCAACCACUGACUCCGAGAACGAAGAAGCUGUCGCCAUCGACGCCUUGCAAGCAGCAUGA